AUGUCCGACGGCUUCAGCCAUGCGAUGACCAACCGGUCGCUGAGGGUGAUCAAGACUGAGCUCGAAUUCCUCGUCGACGCCAAUGUCAUCACCUCACAACAGUACGAUACCAUCAUCAACCAGCUCCCCGCGUCCGCUGCCUCGUCCGGCCGCGCCCUCCCCGCCGUGCCUACGCAGCAACUCGCCAACCUGAACGUAUCGAAGACGCCAGAGCCCGAGAAGAAGAACGGCAACAUCGGAUACUACGCCGACAGCGCCGCCGCGAACCCGCCCCCACCUGCAUACCCGACACCGCCAGCUGCCCCCGUCGGCCCUCCCGCGCUCUGCCACGCUACCGCCUUGUACCAGUACAACGCUCAAGAUGCCGGCGACCUUGCGCUCUUGCCGAACGACAAGGUCGUCGUGACGGAAUACAUGAAUAACGAGUGGUGGAAGGGCUCCAACGAGCGCACCGGACAAGAGGGCAUCUUCCCCGCUAGCUACGUGCGCCGAGAGGAGAAGGCUAUUGUGCCGGCCCCAUCGCCAGGCCCGGCACCUAGCAACUAUGGAAAUAUGCCUUUGGAUGUUUCCAAUGGCGCCCAGCAGAAUGGCGGCCCGCAUGAGCCCAGCAAGAUGGAACAGGGAGGCAAGAAGUUUGGCAAGAAGCUGGGGAACGCUGCUAUCUUUGGCGCCGGUGCGACCAUUGGCGGCAAGAUUGUGAACGGCAUUUUCUGA